GAGUGCCGCGCCCCUUGGCUGGCAGGCUGGAAAUUUAACUAACUUGCUUGCUGUUUUCAUCUUCAGCACCCGGUGCCCCUCCCUACCCCACCCUUGUCCCCUUGUUCUCUGGAAGAGGCGCGUUAUCUCCCCCUUCCUCUAGUAUAGGUCCUCUGAGCCCAGAGGAGACUAAAGAAGCCAGUAAGCCCACUGACAACAGCUCGGUUAAACUUCUGAGGACUUGAGUGAACUUUCUAGAGCAAGAGGACCAUGGGGCGCUGGCCUGGAGUGCCCCUUCUACUCGUUCUUCUCGUCUGCUCUCUGGCUCCAGCUCGAGGACAAGAUUUUGACUUGUCUGAAGCCCUUGAUGAUGGUGUGAAACCUACAAAAAAAGCAACUCCAGUUACCAGAAAGCCAGUUUCUGACUCUGACUUGAAUUUAGAAGAUGCUCUUUUUAAUGGAGGGAGUGAUGACUCUGUGAAGCCUAAUCCACCCAAACCAAAACCCAAACCAGACCAUAGUGACUCAGGUGACUUUUCAGAUGAUGAUCUCAAAGGGCAUACUCACUCAGGAGGUCAGGAUGAUAGACAUAAUAAUGAGGAUAAAGCUGAUGAUUCCCCUGGAUUAAUACCUGGAAUUGUAAGUGCUGCGGUUGUAGCACUGGCAGGAGCUGUAUCCAGUUUUAUUGCUUACCAGAAAAAGAAAUUCUGCUUUAAAGGAAAUGAAGAUCCAGAGAAUGUUAAUAUGGAGAGUCAAUAUGGAGUAAACAAAGAACCACCUGUGCAACAAAUACUUCUGCAGAAAUAGGUUUUUCCUGAAUGAGAAAAUAAAGAUGAACAAAACUGGAUUAAACUGCUUGUCUCCCUGAAACAACACUCCGUAUGUGGCAGAGGUUACAAAGUUGCAUGAAAAUUGAGUCUGUUGGGGUUUUUGCAAAUAUGGCAUUUGAAACCACAUCUUGGAAAGUGGUAUGUUCUGUACUACAUGUGACUGAUCACUUAAAACUUUCCCAUUUGAAUGAUGAGGAAAAAAUUCUCAAAGUGAAUUUGAACCUUUUGCCCAAUGUGAUGGCUUUUAAUAUAUGUAAACAUAUCAGGAUUUUAAUGAUUCUUCCUUCUCCAUAUUGAAAUAAGGAAACAAGGGAAAUUAUUAUCAUCUAUCUAUACCAUAUGCUCAUGAUUAUUUUAAAAUUAUUAAAGCAAUUAACCACAUCAGUAAAUAAGGAACUCAGUGAUAAAUUUGUGAGAUAAAUCUCUAAGAUAUUCCUUCAGAAUUAAUUUUGAUAUCAGAGUAGUACACAUAUAAGAAACCAUGUCAUUUUGUUUGAAUUACCUAUAGUUUAGUUACUUUGAAGAUGGAUUUAGAAUAAUUACAGGAGUUAAGAUCCUAAAUUCUACUUUUCCUUCUUUGUCUUUGAAAGAAAAUGAAGAACUUAGUAAACUCAUCAUUUCCCAUGAGUUAAAUUGUCUCUAUGCUAAUAACUUCUCUCUCUCUCUCUCUCUCUCUCUCUCUCUCUCUCUCUCUCUCUCUCUCUCUCUCUCUCUCUCUCUCUCUCUCUCUCUCUCUCUCUCUCUUCUCUCUCUAUCCAACCCUAAUCUUUCUAGUGAGCCACAUUCCCAAACCAGUUUUUGGAUAUCUUGAACUGAAUGUUCCAUAGGUAUUUCAAACUAAGAGUGUUCAAAACAAAAUUAAUUAUCUUUCUUCCCAAAUUCUCCCCAUUUACAAAAUAUCCUAUUAUUGUUGAAGGCACUAUUAUCUUCCCAGUCAACCAGGCUUAGUAUUUCUCUGCCAUUCUUUAUUCCCUUCUCUCACUCAUUCCAAUAUAUCCUGAACAUUGCCAAUUUUAAAAAAAUCUCAUAUUCAUAUUUUUCUCCUUGCUCACUACACAGUUCUAAUUCAGACUUUGAUUGCCUCUCAACUAUAUUAUUGGAAUAGCCUUCUAACUGCUCUAUCUUCUGUUUCCUCAUUUUAAUCCACCAUUUUCAUAACAAGUGGGUCUAACUGAAUCUCUCUGCCUUAUCUCUCUGUCUCUCUGUCUCUCUCUGUUUCUGUCUGCCUCCCUCUCUCUCUCUCUCUCUCUCUCUCUCUCUCUCUCUCUCUCUCUCUCUCUGUCUCACACACACACACACACACACACACACAUAUAUACAUAACACUCAAUAAAUUCUUGUGGCUCCCUAAUACCUCCAGGAUCAAAUAUAAAAUUCUCUUUGAGAUCUUGAUAAAUUGUUCCUUUCCUCUCUAGUUUUUAUACUUCACUCCCCUCCAGUAACUUUGUGGUCUGCCUAUCAUGUCCAACUUUGUUGUUCCUUAUACAACACUUCAUCUCCAAUCUCUUUGCCUUUGAAUUGUUUGUUCUUCCUGCUCCUGCAUCCCACAACUGGCCUCCCUGGUGAGUAGAAUGCCCACUUUCUUCAACUCCCCUCUUUAUUUUCUUGGUUUCCUUCAGCAUUCAGCUCACCCUCUGUGGGAAAGCCUUACUGGUCCUCUCCCUGUUUCUCUCACAUAGUUUGGACACACUUGGUUAUUUACGUUGUGUCUCCGUACUUGAGAGCAGGGGCUGGUUUUACCUCUCUUUGUAUCCUUAGUGCUUAGCAGAGUUCCAGGCAUAUAAGCUUAUGAUUAUUUUCCCCCUUCUCUGUUUUCCUUUCCUCUCCCUCUUUAUUUUCCUUCAUCCUUUAAGAGUAAUUGGACCAGUCCAUAGAAAUACAAUGCUUUGUAGGUGUAUAAUUCUCAAUAAAUGUUAAAAAAAUAGUUGGAUUCAUGAAGUUUUACAAAAUGAGCUAAUCAUUCAACAUGAAUGGUUAAGUACCAGAUGAAAUUGUUUACAGAUAUGCUUUAUGUCAUAGAGUACCCCUUUUAAAACUUUCCACCAGUAUGGGAUAAAUUGAACUUCUUGGCAUUUUCCCCUUUGCUAAAUAUAAGCUUGUGAACACUAAAAUUCAGUAAUCCAGGGUUAUUCAUAUAGAACCGAGUUUUAAAUGUAUAUUUUAGGAUCAUUGAUGAAAACUUUCAAAUGAAUUCUAAUGGUCUAUUUUUUUAAUUGCCAGGAUCAAUUAACUUUUCUACAUUUGGAAAAAAAAUGAGGAUAUUUCAGUGUAUUAUUGCUGUUUUUACUAUGUUACUGGUAGGGUCAACCUGAUGUGUAGUUCUUAUAAUGCCAUCCAGAUGAAGUAUGAUUCCAGUAUGUGUAAGAACAUCACUAUGGAUGGUUAAUGUUAUUAAUGCUACGUCAUAUAAAAUACUACCAAUACUAUUCACAUACAUCCUGCUUAUGUGAAUAUAAAUGUACUAUAAUCAGAUCUAUAGGUAGUAGCAUAGUAUGGUGGAAAGAGGAUUGAAUGUGGAAUCAGAAGUCCUAAACAUGCGUCUUGUCUUAGUUUUGCUAGUUACUUGUUGCAGGAUAUUGGAUAAAUCUUUUAACAUUUCUAUUAGGAGAGAUAUUGAGCUAAAUGAUUGUUUUCAUUUAAAAUCAACUUUUGUUAGGAUGAGACUAGUGGAUAAGCAUUUAUGUUGGUUUUGGUUCCAGAGCCCUCCUAUUCCAUAUUCCAACUAAAUUCCCAAGUUUUUGCUGUUAUUAGGCCACUUGAUAUUGUUGGAUUUUUUUUAUAAGGAUGCUCCCAUCUAAGAUCCUUUCCUACAGCCAAGAUCAAGCAUCAUCCAUACAAUUCCAGUAGACCUAGUUUUGUGUAAUUGCUACUGAAUGGGUAUGUGAAAGAACUUCAAUUUCCAUGCAUUCAUGAUGAGAAGUAUUCUUUUUUACAUUUGAAUUAUUUCUUCCACAUUUUAUAUAAAUUCACAACUUUAAAUGUCAGAAACAGGAAAAAGAAAUGAGAGUAUUAUUAUUUAUUAACAUCAGGUAUGAGUUGUCAUCAACCUCAUUGAAAGUCAGUGACCUAACAUUAAGUAGCAUCUUUUGCAUCAGCUUGCCUCAGUACUUAGCUAACAAAAAUGUUACUUAUCUAUGAAUAAGUGAUAUCAAACAAUCCAAAUUUUAAAGUUUCUGCAAGGCUUGGACUUAAAUUGUAUCUUUUCCUAGUUGUCAAUCUGUAAGUAAUAUGUGACUAGACUACAUAAUUUUUAAUAAAAAAAUUCCUAAAAUACA